AUGCAUCAGGUCCCCCGUUAUAUAAUAACAUUACAUGAAUUACUCGCUCAUACGCCACACAAUCACGUCGAGAGAAAAAGUCUGGAAAACGCUCGCAUCAAACUGGAAGAGCUCUCACGGCAAAUGCACGACGAAGUGAGCGAAACAGAGAAUAUACGAAACAAUUUGGCGAUUGAAAGGAUUAUUGUCGGCGGAUGUGAUAUACUAUUAGAUGUGAACAAUGUAUUCAUCAGAAAAGGUGGUGUAAUACAAGUGUUAGGCACCGAUAAACUCAAGUUUCAGCGCUCAAGAAUCGGCUCAUUUCGGGGCGAGAAAGAGAUUAUCCGUCAGUGCUAUCUCUUCACUAAUCACAUGCUAUUAUGCACUCGUACUUCGGGUGGAAAAUUAACCUUACUCGAGGGAAUCGGCAAAAUUCCGUUAUCUGAGGCGACACUCAUAGAGGAUCCUAACGAACAGUUUCAGUUCACUGUCGAUGACGGCGGUGAGGCUAAGGAGGGAUCUCUAAGUUCAGCGUCGAGUCAUUCGAGCGAAUGUGGGACUGGUAUUCAACCGGCAUCUAUCGGAUUAGCUUCUGGUGGCAAAGACUAUGGAGGUCUCGACUUUAAGAUUAUAAUUGAUUCAAAGACAGGACCCGCCAAUACAUUGCAUUUAGUGGCGCCUACAAUGCAAGAGAAGGCCGCCUGGACUUCAGAUAUCAGUCAG